AUGAGUUUUACUGUUCACCAAAAGAAAGAACUUGCGACGGAGCUCAAUGAUCUAAUAGGUGAAUUGACUACUCCAGAAGAAGACCUGAAAUCAGCCAAAAUCAAUGGUGUAAUUGCAGGAGUGACCGAUGACAAGGAAACAGUUUACUUGAAUGCUAAAGGUGUCAAAAAUAUUGAAACUGGUGAAAAGAUGGUUAUAGACAAUGUGGUAUCAUUUUUCUCUUGUACCAAGUCCAUAACAUGCAUGGGAUUAUUGAAAUUGUACGAGCAAGGAAAGGUUGAUCUCGAUGCGCCUGUGAAGAACUACGUACCACAAAUAAGUAGUAUCGGUGUAAUAGAUGCAGAUCUGGUUGAUCUUGAAAGUGGUACGUUCAUUAAGCCUCCACGGAAACCAUUAACUGAUGUGACUUUAAGACAUUUAUUGAACCAUACUGCAGGUUUUUCAUACGGGUUCCUAGAUCUGCAAUAUGUUGCAUUGAGUAUGAAAAGAGAUCCGCAUAUAAAUUCCAUCUCUCCAACAAAUGCUUUAUUUACCAAUGAUAAGAUGCCGUUGUUGCAUGAGCCUGGGAAGAAAUGGACAUAUGGACAUAGUACGGACUGGGUAGGCAAGGUGAUUGAAAAAGUCACAGGAAAAAGAUUAGGAGAUUACUUAAAAGUUUCAAUAUUUGAGCCGAUUGGAAUGAGUUCAUGUACUUUCCAUGUCAAUAAUACUGACAAUAUGGUUGACACUCAUAUACCAGAUAGAAACAAAAAUUUAAAAGUAAUGAAAAAGAGACCGCUAAAUGUGGAUCCGGAAAUUGAUAUGGGUGGUCAAGGGUGCUAUGGCACUGUCAGCGAUUAUUUAAAGUUUAUCAGAGUUUGGUUGAAUGAGGGUAUGUGUGUCGAAACAAACAAGCAAAUAUUGAAACCUGAAACUGUUAACUAUGCAACGCAGAAUCAUUUACCGCCUGGAGUCGUCGUUGACGUAGAGGAUCAAUUUGGAGUAAAGAUACCACUGCAGUAUGAAGCUGAUGGAUUUACCUUGGCCGGUUGUGCAUAUUCUAUGAACAAUCUUCCCACUGGAAGACCUAAGGGUGCAAUUUAUUGGUUUGGGUUAGCUAACCUUUAUUUUUGGAUGGAUCUUGAAAAUAAGAUUGGAGGUUUCUGGGCAUGCCAGUUAUUACCUGUAAUGAAUAUGGCAUCUAUUACUGGUUUCAUGAGAAUGGAAUUUAAUGUUUAUGAAGCAUUGAACAAUUCUAGAGAAGAGUCAACCAAAUCCAAAUUAUAG